GAGGUGGCAGCGAAUGCUGCUGAGCUGGCGGCGGAGAAUCGGCGCAUGCAUGCUGAGCUGGAGGAGUUCCGAUCUGAGUCAGCACACCUCAAGAACCAGCAGGCGACGGUUCGACGGCUGGAGGAGAGAAACCGACAGCUGGAGCAGCAGAUGGAGGAGAAGGUGAAGGAGAUGGUGGCGAUGAAGCAGCAUGUGCUGGCGGAGGAGAGCCAACGGAGCAUGGAAACACUCAAGUCAAGGGAGGAUGCACUGCAGGAGCAGCUGAGGGCGGCGAGGGAGACAGUGAGCAACAUGCAGCGGCUGCACGAGAUGAGCCAGUCGCAGCUGUUCGAGCUCAAGGCGCAGUCAGAGGAGGAUCGCGUGUCGAAGCAGGGCGAGGUGAAUUUGCUGACCGACGAGGUGGAGCGAGCUCAGGCGCGGCUUCUGGCUCUGGAGAGAGAGAAGGAAGCUCUAAAGGCGCAGCUGCAGACUGCACAACCUAGUGAAGCAGCAGAUGGCGAGAGCACGGACAGCAGUGGAGCGGUGGGGUGGGAGGCGGCAGUGAGGGCAAAGGAGGCGGUGAUAGCAUCGCUGCAUCAGGAGCUGCACGCCCUGGAGGCAGCAGGGGCGGCUGAGAGGGAGGAGCAGCGGGCGGAGGUGAAGCGACUCAAGGCGCUGCUGCAGGACCAGGAGUCGUCCAUUGGAGCGCUGAGAGCGGAACUGGCAACGAGGCCCACACAGAGGCAGUGGGAGGACCUGCGCAAGCAAGUGAAGAUCCUGCAGGCUGUGGGGUACAAUGCAGUGGAAGUGGACGACUGGGAUGAACCAGGCAUGGCAUCCAACGGUCCAGGAUCGUCCUCCGAUCUCUCUGCUGCUGCAGAUGGGGACAGUGGGAAAAGGGGAGGGGAAGGGGGAGUGAUGCGCAGCAGCAGUGGGGCUGACAUUGGGAAACUGGAGGCGUUGCUUCUGGAGAAGAACAAACGGAUGGAGCACGAGUUGACUCAAGUCAAGAUGCAUCUAAGUGAGAGGGAGGAGGAGUGCGAUGAAACGAAAGCUAAGUUGGUAGCACUGGAAGGGACAGUGGCGGAGCAGAGGGCGCUCAUAGGCAAACUGGAGGACGACAUUCUCAAGGGCUAUGGCGCACGGGACAAGCACCGGGCGGCGUCCGUUGGCAGCAUUGUCUCGAUGCCCGGAGCAGCGGGCGGCAGCGGUGGUGGUGGUGUGGAUGGUGGUGUUACAGGUGGCAGCAGCAGAUUGGUGGAUGAUGAUUCGGUGCUGAUGGUGGUAUGCGGGCAGCGGGACAGGUUCCGACAGCGAAUGGGAGAGCUGGAAGAGGAACUGCGGGCAGAAAGGGAGAGGAGCAGCAAGUUAGCGACAGAGGUGGAGCGGUUGAAAGCAGACAACGUGAAGCUGUAUGAGUGCAUGCGCUACGUGCAGGACUACACGAGCGCUGGUGGGGGAGGGGACAGACCCAACUCCAGCCGAUCGAGAAAGAGUGACCUCGAGGCGGGUCCAGCAGCGGACGUGGAGGGCAAGUACAAGAAGAUCUACGAGGAGACAAUCAACCCGUUCGCUGCUUUCUCCACCAAGGAGAGGGAGCAGCGGGUAAGGGACCUGGGUCUGCGAGACAGAAUCACCCUCACCAGCGGCAAAUUCCUCCUCUCCAACAAGUAUGCGCGCACGUUUGUCUUCUUCUACUCCAUCGGCCUGCAUAUCCUCGUGGCUCUCAGCAUGUACCGCCUCUCCAGCCUCAGCCAUGCCAGGAUAAAGUUUGACGAGGAUGAGCUUCCAUCGAAACACACUCUAUUGACCGCAGCUCUGAGGAGCAAGGGGGUGGUGUAUGUGCGUUUCAAGGCACAGAGUGAGGCAGUCUCGGCUAAGAAACAACUCCAUGGCAUCCGCAUGGGAAGCAACAACCUAUCAGCUCACUACUUCCCCCCUCAUUCAGCUGACUGCACUGAACCGCACUCCACACCUGUCAUUCCUUCUUCUGCUGCUGCUCCUUCUACUGCUCACAAGCAUGGAGCACACAGGGAGGCAUCACCACCACCACCGCCGCCGUUACAGCAAAGGCCUUUCACUGACCCCUCUCUCCGCCGCCUGCUGCAUGCCCUCAUGGCUUUCAGCGAGCAAGAACAGCUGGUUUCACAAAGGCGUGAAGGAGAGGGAGCAACAGCAGCAGCAGCAGCAGCAGCAGCAGCAGCAGCAGCAGCAGCAGCAGCAGCAGCAGCAGCAGCAGGGCAGGAACAACUUAUUGUGAGAGAAAAUACUAUUGACCAAGAGAAGGGGAUGACAGGUGCAGAGGAAGCAGUGGGCCAACAGCAGGGAUUGGGAAGCAGAGGGAAGGAGAGGGUUGAAGAGAGAAGGGACGAAGCAGCAUUGCCUAUAAGGGAGGUGCACGCAGAAAGGGGAAGCCAUUUAGCAGCAGGAGGGGGGGAGGGAGAAAGCUGUUUGGAGGAAGGGAGCUAUUAUCCCUUUCCUCCCCCACACUUUAGGUACGCGUACCCUCCUCCGUCUGCUCCCACCAUCAUCAACAUUGCUCUUGCACUCAUCGCCACACCCCGCCUAUACACGCAGGUGCUGCACUUGAUGAACAAGAUGAGCCUGCCGCCUCCCUUCGGCCCAGUCGUCCUUCCUAUGUCCCUGCACACCGUCAGUGCCGCCGCGUCCUCCUCCCAACCCACCACGAGCCCCUUCGAGGCGCCCUCACAGCCCCUCAGAGCACAGUCGCCCUUGCCACCGGCACAUUCCGUCACCACCCCGUCCGAUGCAAGCCUUCUGAUGCCGAAAAGCACCGUACGAACUGCCGCUGCUGCCUCCCUCGUACGAACUGCCGCUGCUGGUGUCAAUGCCUCCCGCCUCCCACCCUCCGCGUCCCGCCCUGUCACAAGCCUCCUUGAAACGCCGUCACAGCCCCUCAGCAGCGCACAAUCAUCCAUACCAGCAGCAGCUGCCACCCGAUUGAAGAAGGGUUUUGAGACGUCUCAAAACCCUUCUUCAGUCAAUGACUCCCGCCUCCCGCCCUCCGCGUCCCGCCCUGUCACAAACCUCUUUGAAACGCCGUCACAGACGCCGUCACAGCCCCUCAGCAGCGCACAAUCAUCCAUACCAGCAGCAGCUGCCACCCCAUCCAAUGCGACUCUUGAAAUUCCUCAAAGCACAGCCUCCCGCCCCAAACCUCCUGGGCUUUUCCCUGCACAGACAGAUUCCAGUGUUGGUGGUGGUAGAGAUGGCGGCAGGGGUGUAGUGCUUCCCAUAGCAGAAAGAAGGGAGGGAGGCGGAGUUAUCAGAACAAGGAAGAGAGGAGAGGUGGAGGAGGAAGAAGAGGAGGAGGGAGGGGAUGAGGGUGUGUGGGAGGAAGGCGAGGAGAAGCGGCUGGAGAGAGCUGGAGUGAGAAAGGUAGUUGGAGGAAAUGGAGGAAGGGUUGCGGGACGGGCAGGGUUGGUGGUCAAGAAAAGGACGCCUGUUUUGCAGAUCCAGUUGCGGCCAGAGAAAAAAAAGCCAAGAACUCACGAGGGCAGGGCAGCUGAAAGCAAUGCUGCAGUGACAGACCAAGAUAUUGGGGUGUCAUUAACAGACCAGGAGGUUAUGGUGACACUGACGGGACGAGAUGCGAUGACAACGGGCGGACAAAAGGAGAGCGGUGCAGUGACAGAGGCAAUUUUGGAGUCGGAUGGGGUGGAGGAGGGACGGCGGCAGGAUGGAGCUGGUUUCGAGGAGGGAAGGGGAAAAUACACGGACGGGCACAAGGAAAUCCGGAUAUAUGACGAGGGGGGAACCAAGGCGAAGGCAGAGGAAGGGGAUGUGGGGAAAAGGGAGAGGACAAAUGUGGGGGAGAAGGGGGGUGAUAGAGAGACGUGCAGUUUGGCAGAUGGUGUGGAUAAGGAGAGAGAGGUGAGGCGUGAGGAGGAUUUGAGAGAGGAGGGGAGUGAGGAGAAUUGGAGAGCGGAGGGGGAUGAGGAGAGGGCCACUUUGGAGGAGUUGAGGAGGCAGCAGCUGAGAGGGGAGCAGUUGCUGGAGUGUGCAGCGUAUAAGGUGGGAAAACCAAAGCGUUUGGCGGAUGGAGGCACUGGUGUGGCGAAGGGGAGAGGGGAGAGGCGCGAGGAGGAAUGGAGGGAGGAGGCGGGUGAGGAGAAUUGGAGAGGGGAGGGGGAUGAGGAGAGGGCCACUUUGGAGGAGUUGAGGAGGCAGCAGCUGACAGGGGAGCAGUUGCUGGAGUGUGCAGCGUAUAAGGUGGGAAACUGUUGUACAAUUGGUGCACUUACUGUAAAUAUGGACACACAAUGUGGGCUGAGGAGGCAGCAGCUGAGAGGAGAGCAGUUGCUGGAGUGUGCAGCGUAUAAGAACUACAAGAGGGGCGAGCCAUGUGCAACGCUGUACAUAAAGAACAUCGCCAAGCCCGCCACUACCGCCGACUUGUUCCGUAUAUUCGACUUUCAGUCAGGCACCUUCUUGAGGCGCCUCACAGAGAGGGGCGAGCUAUGA